GUACAGCAUAUUAAUAAACGCGUCUGUCCUAGUGGGACACACGAUAUGUCUCUCGCAAAGAUGUUCUAUAUUGCUCUUAGUUUUCUGAUUACGCUGGGACUCAGUUCCGUAUUCUGUCAGCUCUGUAAUCGUCCAUCAAACGAUCAAAUUAAAAACGGGAUUAUUAAAUCGAUAUGUUCCACGAGGGGUUGUUCUUUGCUGACGAUCAAAUGCGACCGCUGCUUCAAACAAGUUGGUGAAGAGAGGAUUAGAUGCGUAGGAGGAAAAUGGGCCGCGAUAAACAGUCGCUGUGUCCCUACUUUGUGUGAACCCCUAAAGUUAACAGCCGGUAUAGCUGCUUCAAGUGAUAGCACACAUUGUGGGGCGGUAGUCAAGCUGAAAUGUGUGAAAGGAUACGAACCAACCAAAGCGAUUAAGAUGGCUUGUGAACCAACAGGAAAAUGGAAAGGGACACGAUUGAAAUGCACGAAAAGCAAAAAGAAAUGCCCUGACCUGGUUUUACCUAAAAACGCCAGGGUGGUUGCUGGUCGUCUAGCAGGCAAUCGUGCGGGGGAUUCCACGGUCUUCGAAUGUGAGGAAAGAUACGAGCAAAUUGCAGGCAGCAGGGUUGUCAAAUGUCUAAAUGGUGGACGAUGGAAUGGAUCACUAAUAGAAUGCAAAGAUUUAGAACCAGUGGACUGUGUCUGGGGACCCUGGAGUAAAGAUACAAAGUGCACCUGUUGUGACGAAUGUUGUUUCAAGUACUGCCUAAGAUACCGGAAAAAGAAACCUGCCCAUGAUGGGGGAAGGGAUUGUGUUGGGCAAAGCACAGAUUAUGUCAUUAGGAAAUGUGACAAAAAGGAAUGUGCGAAGACGUGGGAAAAACCAAAACGAUGUUGGGGAUGGGGUGACGUCCACUAUCACUCAUUUGAUGACCUGGAGUACAACUUCCAGGGUGUUUGUAAAUACACUCUAGUGGAAGACACGAUAGGCUUCUUUAAGGUAUUUGUGAAGAAUCGACAAUGGGGGAAUAGAGCAUUAUCUGUGACACAAUAUGUGGAGAUACAUUUAGCAGGGGACAUCAUUAGACUCGAUGGACCAGGAUCAAUACAAGUAAAAGUAAAUGGAAUUCCAUUGCCACCAGAGAGUCUACCCUAUAACACACAAUGGUAUACUGCCAAUGUAGUAGGCAACACGACGACAUUUGAGAGUACCCCGCUCACCCUAAGGAUACAGUUUAACAUUCAUCAUGGUUACGGUGACGUGUAUAUUACAUUAGGGCGGCAGUGGAUGCAAAUGGUGGACGGACUUUGCAAGAAUUACGAUGACAAUACGCCGAAUGACUGCACGGAUAAAGCAGGCACUGAUUUAUUAGGAAACCCAAAUAAAGGAAAACUUCUUGGUAUCAGUUACAAAGUCCCAGAUCCCCAAGACCCAGAUUGCGUCGACAUGCUCAGAACCUCCGGUCCAACAUGCCCCGCACAAACUAAGGCAGCUGCCAACAAAUUCUGUGGUUCCUUUGUAAAUGACAUUGCUGUAUCGAUGACCAAAGCUGAAAUUAAGACAUGGGUGGACAACUGUAUAAUGGACUAUUGUGCAGCGCCUGACGCAAAAUGUGAUAUUAUGGAAGCGUUUUUUGUCGCCAUACGCCGAGGUGAAGGCCAGGAUAUAAUGGAAGAAUGGCGGAAGAUUUUUAAAUGUCCCCGUCAGUGCGGAUUGAAUGAAGUGUACCUGUAUGAUGGUCCUGGUUGUGAGCCACACUGUGUUGAAAGUGAACUACGUUGGUGUGCUGAACACAGGAGAGAGGGUUGUUUCUGUAAACCAGGGUACAUAAGGUGCAAAGGGAAAUGCAUAAUCCCCACAGGUUGUCAUUGGAGCACGUGGGGUUCUUGGCAAUAUGGGUCAUGUUCUAAAACAUGUGGGACUGGAAGGAAGGACAGAAUCAGAACACGAACGAAACAACCAGUGGGUUCAGGGUGUCUGGGGGUUUCUGUUGAAACAGGAUAUGUGGAUUGCAGCAACCCUCCUUGUUGUCAUUGGAGCGCAUGGGGUUCAUGGCAAUAUGGGUCAUGUUCUAAAACAUGUGGAACUGGACGGAAGAACAGACAAAGAACACGAACGAAACGACCAGGGGGUUCGGGAUGUCCGGGGUUGUCUAUUGAAAAAGGAUAUGUGGAGUGUCGCAACACUAACAGCUUUGCUUGUGGUUGUCAUUGGAGCGCAUGGGGUUCAUGGCAAUAUCGGUCAUGUUCUAAAACAUGUGGGACUGGUGGAAGAAAGUACAGAAGUAGAACACGAAGCAAACUCCCAGGAGGCUCAGGAUGUCCAGGGGUUUCUGUUGAAACAGGAUAUGUGGAUUGCAGCAACCCUCCUUGUUGUCAUUGGAGCAAGUGGAGUUCAUGGAGUUCAUAUGGGUCAUGUUCUUCAACAUGUGGGGCUGGAAGGCAGGACAGAAGGAGAACACGAAGGAAACUACCAGGGGGUUCAGGAUGUCCGGGGUUGUCUAUUGAAGAAGAAUAUGUAAUUUGUCUUUACACCUACAACCCUGCUUGCGAGCGUCUCAUCCGAGAAAAUCCACACUGA